GAUUACAAGUGGAAAAAUAAAGUUUAACAAUAAUUUGUGUCUAAUUUUUUGCAAUUCAUUGGAAUCAACGUUUAUCCAAUCGAAAUUUCAAACAAUUGAACAAAUUCAUCAAUUUAAUUCAAGUUGUGAAUUGAGAGAUACAACAUUUUUGCGGAAACUAUGUCGUCAGAGAGUGUGGGCAAAAAGAUUACCGACUUGCGAGCAUGCGACCUCAACGCGGAGCUGGAAAAACGGGGCUUAGAGACGACUGGCAUUAUUGCACUCGUUGAUCGUUUGCAAAAGGCAAUCACCGACGAGGGUGAAGAUCCAAACGAGUACGUUUUUGAAACUGAUGACAAGAGUAAAACGCCAGCUAAAUGCGCCCGAAAUGAAUCAAAUCCUCCGAUUACGAAUGAAACACAGGCAAAUGGCGGUGAUGAAGAUGAGAAGCCCACAAAGAAUGCCGACGAAGAGGGUGAAGAUGCCGAAAAAACUGAAGAAACUGAAGAGGUCGAAGAAGUCGAAGAAGAGCCCGAAGAUAAGAAACCGGCAGCUGAUAACAACAACGAUGUCAAGGAUGCAUCGGAAGACAAUGAAAAUGACCAAGAGCAUUUGCAAUUGACGGUAGCCGAAUCGGACAAACUUGAUACGAGCAAUGUGGACAACGAGGACUCGCUCAACCUAACUAUCGGUGAAGAUGAAGCGAAAAUUUUCCAGGAUGAGGAACCUGAAGAAAAAGUCAAAGAGAACAACAAUAAGAAAGAUGGAAGUGAUGAUUCAGCUUCUUCGGCAGCAAACAACGAUGGUGAUGGCGAUGGCAAUGAAAAUAAUGAAAACAACACAUCGAAUGGUGGCAACAGUAAUGGUAAUGCAACAGGGGCUUCCAAGAAUGUGGGUAACAAAGCGGAUGAUGAUGCGGAUGGUGGUAGCAGUUCCAAGGGUUCAACAUCCAAUGCAAAUGAUGCACCAAGAAAAGAAGACAAAGGUGGUGAUUCAAACAAUGGAAGCAACAGCAACAAGAAAACUGAUGAGAGUGAAUCGAAGUCUUCAUCAUCAAAAUCAUUCAAAGAUGAUAAAGAAUCAUCCAAAACUGCCAACAGUUCGUCUUCAGCGACCAAGUCAACGUCGUCAUCGUCGAGCCGUAAUCUGUGGGUGUCGGGUCUAUCAUCGUUGACACGAGCCACCGAUUUGAAGAUCAUCUUCUCGAAAUAUGGCAAAGUGAUUGGCGCUAAAGUGGUGACCAACACACGAACACCGGGAACACGUUGCUUUGGUUACGUUACAAUGAACUCGUCCAGCGAUGCAACCAAGUGCAUUUCGCAUUUGCACCGAACCGAACUGCACGGUCGUAUCAUAUCGGUUGAACGUGCCAAAUCGGACAUCGGUAACAUUGGGAAUAAGCAAAAACGUAUAUCGAGCACCAGCGACAGCAAAAAGGUUGACGACGAAAAGAAAUCGUCAUCAUCAACGUCGACCAGCGAACGCCAGAAGGACGGUGCUGCUGACGCCGAUGAAUCCAAAUCAAAAUCCAACGCUUCGAAGACAUCGUCGUCGUCAACCAAAGAUAAGCCGGCAACCGAAGAAAAAGACGCAUCCAAAACGGAGGCUAGUACAUCCGAUAAAGAGGCCGAAAAGCGAAAAUCAUCAUCUUCAAGUCAUCGUGCCGAUGGCAAACGUAGUCGAGCAUCAUCAUCAAAAUCGCGUCGGCCAGCUGGUGCUGUUGCUGCGGCCGGCGAGUCCAAUGAUCGUAAUGUGCGUCGUGAUCGUAAGCGUGAACGUGACCGCGAAGCAGUUCUUUCCUAUCGCAAAAUUCGUGAAGAGCUUGAAAGACAGCGCGUGCGCGAAAGGGAACGUAAAUUACGCGAAGAAGAGCGUCAUCGGGCCGAAGCGCGUCGCCGUCAACGAGACGAAGAGGAGCGUUUGGUACGCGAACGGGAGCGUUUGAAGAAAGAACGUCAACGUUUGGAACGAGAAAAGGCAGAUCUGUUGCGACUUGAGCGUGAACGACAGAAACUUGAACGCGAAAAAAUUGAACUGGAACGCUUGGAAUUGAAGCGACAACAGCUAAAGAUUGAAGAGGCAAAACGGGCAAUAAAGCGUACAUCGGCUGACAAUGAUCGAUAUAAUGAAUUGGAUCGCAAGCGACCAGCGAAUGAUCGCAGAUUCGAACCACCACCACCACCACGUUUUGAUACGGCCAUUCGAUCAUCGAAUUAUGAUCGACCACCGGAGAAAAAACGUGUCGAUGACUAUCCAACCAGUUCAUCAAAGCGGAAUGAUGACUAUAAAUCGUCGUCACGCGGUGGUGCUGGUUCGUUGGGCAAUUCAGAUGUGUCGUCGUUCAAACGUCCCAUCAACGAUGGCUACAAACGCUCAAAUGACAUUGAACCACCUUCACGCAGCGGAGGCGGAGGCAGUGGAGGCUAUGAUCAACGCGGUGUCGUUUCAUCGUUGGGCACAUCCACCAAAGAUAAUCGAUUCAACGAUCCCGUUGAUAAUCGACACAUGAGAAGCUCUGGAAUGUCUUCGAGUAAAUCACGUUACAUGGAUAAUCACAGUAAUGGAGGCUCAAAUGAUCGCUAUUCCGAUCGCCCAUCAUCAACUUCCUCAUCGGCAUGGGCAAAUCCAAACAAUGGACCUCCGUCGUCAGUUAAAUCAUUCGGCGGUUUACAAUCAGUCACAAAUGAUGUUUGGGGUGCAAUUAACAAGCCACAAACCCACGAUGCGGGCAAUUGGAGCCGAUCCAUGGAUCACCAGAAUCAAGAUCGUUAUGAUCGCACCUUCAGCGAACGAUCCAAAUAUAUGGAUGGACCGGCUGGAAAUAAUGGCGGUAGCAGCCGUCCAAGUUCUUUCAUCACAAAUUCAAGACCACAGGAACGAUACAGUGCUCUUUCAUCGAGAUUUGAUGGACGUUUCUAAACGGGAAAAAUUAAUGGAAGAACGAAAACAAAACACUUUUAGACAUACAUUUAAAGAAACAGAUAUCCAUUUAUCUACUCACAUUUUCCAAAAUAUCUUCACAAAACAAAUGAAUAUUUGAUUUCAUUAAGCUAGAUAACCAGAUUUGAUAGACCUUAUUAGUGCACAUCCAAAAUGCAUGCAAAAUGAAUUGCGAAGAAAUCACAAAAAAAAAAUCAAUAACUGAACAUUUUAGCAUAUGUUCACCAAACGAUGAGAUGAAUCCAUGAGUUCCCAAGCGAAACAGUAAGAUGAGAUUCUAUCAUGACGAUGAAUUUCAUCGUGGAAUAGCGGCUAGCGUAUAUAAGCAACACUUCUCUUUUCUCACUUCUGCAUGCGCUAUGGAGCUACAGUCAUGUAUAGGUGUGCGUGAAUAGCAUACUAUGUUUAACACAGCAGCAGUGAGAAAGGAGAAGUUUUGCACACACGCGCUCGCCGCUAGUCCACGAUGAAAUUCAUCAUCACGAUAGAACCUCAUCUUACUGUUUUGCUUGGGUUCCGUUCAGUUGAUUUGACUUUCUGUUUGGCAAUUUACCUUAUAAUCCAGAAAAAAAAAACAGAGUAUAGGUUUAAAUAGUAGCGUACAUUAUUUUAGUAUUCGUUUUUAUAUUUUUUUCUUCUUCAUCUUCAUUGGACUAAAAAAUGCUGCUCGGAAGAGAGACCGUUGCAAAAAAAAACAAACACAAAUAUGAUUUUUUUCUUGAAAAUUUAGAACGGUAAUCACAUCAUUAUUGGAUGAAAAAUGUAUGAUUUUAUGAAUUUGCGAGGAUUUACUUAGAAAAUAAAAGUUCAGCACAAUAUAUACUGUCAGAUAAAA